AUGAUGAAGAGAGCUCGUAGCCCGAGCCCACUUGCGAUGUCAAAGAAAGGCAGGACCACUGACUCUCUCUUUGCACCCAUAAAGAUUGCAACAGCAGAAGCUGCAGCUACCGUUCAGGCUGACCCGCCAUUCCUGCGGCUCUUGGACGCAUUACGCAAUGUUGUACAGAAGCCCCCGAAAGGACAAUCGGUAAUUUACUGGAUGAGGAUGGGAGACCUGCGUAUUUCCGAUAACAAAGCUCUCGCCCUUGCGUCUGCUCAGGCGGUCGAAGAUCAAAUCCCGCUCGUGGUUUUGCAUGUCUUAAGCCCACAGGAUUAUAUUGCACACGACAGGAGCAAAACAAGAAUUGAUUUCGUUCUUCGUAACCUUUCACGAGUGAAGGACGAGCUCGCAAAAUUAAAUAUACCCCUUUACACUAUCACACAUACGCCGCGAACGACAGUGCCAACUCGUGUUAUCUCGGUCUUGCAGACUCUCCAGGCCACUCGACUCUUUGCGAACAUCGAAUACGAGGUCGAUGAGCUUCGGCGUGACAUCGAAGUCUGCUCUUUAGCCAAGAACGCGGGCAUAAGGCCUACGUAUGUACAUGAUAGGGGUAUUAUUGAGCCAGGCGUCGUGAAAACGAAGGAUGGCAGAACAUACACGGUCUACUCGCCGUAUCAACGGAACUGGAUUGGCAUUCUAAAUUCGAACCUCUCAGAUUAUUUGAACGAGGAGAAUCACGUCUUUGGACCGUUAUUCGAUGCUGAUGUACCCGUGUCAGUUCAUGGCUUCGAACUUGAUCCUGAAGAGACCGCCAAUAUGACCAAGAUAUGGCCAGCAGGAACAUCUUCUGCUAAUGAGAUGCUUUCUCGGUUCUUGUAUACCAAAGCGCGCGCGACGCAGCUUGGAGCAGUUGAUCCUCUGGCUGAUGGGGUAGAGAAUUCCGACAAACACAGCCGGGUCCUCUUGUAUGAUGAGGCUCGCGACAGAGGGGACAAGGACACUACGUCGCGGUUGAGCCCCUACCUAUCUGCUGGAGUUAUUUCUGUCAGGGAAUGCGUUCGUCAAACUAUGAAGCUUCUCGGAAUUCAGAAAGUGGAGGCUGGACGCUCGUCGGGCGUAGGUCGCUGGGUGCAGGAACUCGCUUGGCGAGAUUUUUACACCAAUGUCCUUGCAUACUACCCGCGAGUAUCCAUGGGUCGACCUUUUCAGGAGAGGUUUGCUGAUGUUAAGUGGGAAGUUAACGAGGAGCAUCUGAAUGCUUGGAAAGAGGGAAGAACUGGCAUUCCUAUCGUCGAUGCCACGAUGAGGCAGAUAAGCACCAUGGGCUGGACUCAUAAUCGUAUGCGCAUGAUUGUCGCUAUGUUCCUGUCCAAGGACCUUAUGUUGGAUUGGCGGCUAGGAGAGCGCUAUUUCAUGGAAAAGCUCAUAGAUGGUGAUCUUGCAAGCAACAACGGCGGUUGGCAAUGGAGUGCCUCUACUGGAGUAGACCCAGUGCCCUACUUCCGGAUCUUCAAUCCCUAUACACAAUCCUCCAAGGCAGAUCCAACAGGUGAUUUUAUAAGGACAUUCGUACCAGAGCUGAAGAAUCUCUAUGGAUCUGAUAUCCAUAACCCUCCAACCAAGGUUGCUGAUAAAUUGGGGUAUCCGAGACCCAUCGUCAACCAUGCUGAAGCGAGGGUGAGGGCUAUUAGGAGGUACAAGACACCUGGUGAAGAGUGA